AUGUUGAGUCCAGCUAGGAAACAAAUAAUCAAACAUAUACCCAGCUUCUCGAAGUCUAUGGUAGGGCUCCAGACCGGAAGCGUUCCCCGCAUGAGUCUCAUGACUCGUUCUCUGUCAACCACGAGAAUAAACUUCCAGACAAAGGCUCAAGACAAGGCCAAAAAGCCCAAAAUCAACUAUUAUGAAAAGGUGAAGAAAGGAACGACGUUCCUGAUAGCGUCGGGCCUGGUUGUGGGUGCUCUUGGAUUGGCUUCUAUGACGAUCUAUCUAUUGGUUGCAGAACUGGCGUUUCCCUCAGGCGACACUCAAACUUUCAACAGAGUGGUCAAGAUGAUUGAGAAAGAUGAGAAGUCAUGUGAACUGUUGGGAAAUCCCUUGGGUCACACACUUAAGGCGUAUGGCUCCGACCAGUUCAAUGACAAGUGGACCAGGAACAGGCCUAUAACGUCCUCGCGCAAGCUUGGAAAGGACGGAAAGGAGCAUCUGUUCAUGAGAUUGACCGUGGAAGCUGAUUCCGGUAAAUGGGGUCAUGUUGUGAUGGAAGCAAUUGACGAGUCGAUUUACAAGCAGAAUUACUUGUACGUGUAUCUGGAUGUUCCUGGUGAGAAAAGACACUAUCUGGUGGCCCCAAAGACUUUUGGCGGCGCCAGCACUGGAGGUUCAUUCAAGUUUCUGGGCAUUGAGUGGGGUUCUCCAAGGAGAUGA